GCGCGGGGGGAUGCUGAGCCCCGCCGGUCGGCCCCGCGCCCGCCACCGGGAGAUGCUCCUCGUGCUCGCCCUGUGCCUGGCGUGGCAGGAAGCGCUCGCGGCGCCCACCCCCGCGGCGGACGACAUCAGCCGGGGAGUUGACUGGCUGACGAAAUUUGGGUAUCUGCCUCCUCCGGAUCCCGUCACAGGACAGCUGCAGACGCAGGAGGAGCUGACCAAAGCCAUCACUGCCAUGCAGCGCUUCGGGGGGCUGGAGGCGACGGGGGUCCUCGACGAGGCCACACUGGAGCUGAUGAAGACCCCUCGCUGCUCCCUGCCCGACAUGGCUGGCCCAGCAGCCAGGAGGAAGCGGCACACGCAGGCUGUGACCAAGUGGAACAAGAGGAACCUGUCCUGGAGAGUUCGCACCUUCCCCAAAGAGUCCCACCUGGGCCACGACACGGUUCGCGCCCUGAUGUACUAUGCCCUGAAGGUCUGGAGCGACAUCACCCCGCUCAACUUCCACGAAGUGGCAGGCAACAACGCCGACAUCCAGAUAGACUUCUCCAAGGCUGAUCACAACGACGGCUAUCCCUUCGAUGGGCCUGGGGGCACAGUGGCACACGCUUUCUUCCCUGGAGACCAUCACACAGCAGGGGACACUCAUUUUGACGAUGAUGAAUACUGGACCUUUCGGUCAUCAGAUGCUCAUGGGAUGGACCUAUUUGCUGUUGCCGUCCACGAGUUUGGCCAUGCCAUUGGCUUGACACACAUAUCAGCCAUAGAGUCUAUCAUGAGGCCCUACUACCAAGGUCCAGUGGGGGACCCUCUGAAAUAUGACCUGCCUUAUGAGGAUAAAGUCCGAAUCUGGCAGCUGUAUGGAGUCAGGGAAUCUGUGUCCCCCACAGCCAAGCCUGAAGGGAGCAAAACUGAGGACCAUCCUCUCCUUCCAGAGCUGCCUGAGAACCGCUCCACCAUCCCGCUGCGGCGGGACGUGCCCAACAGAUGCAACACUCACUUUGACGCAGUGGCCCAGAUCAGGGGAGAAGCUUUCUUCUUCAAAGGCAAGUACUUCUGGAGACUGACCCGCAAUAAGCACUUGGUCUCCCUCCAGCCGGCCCAGAUCCACCGGUUCUGGCGGGGCUUGCCCCUCAACCUGGACAGCGUGGACGCCGUCUAUGAGAGGACCAGCGACCACAAGAUUGUGUUCUUCAAAGGGGACAGGUACUGGGUGUUCAAGGACAACAAUGUGGAGGAAGGAUACCCGCGGCCCAUCUCGGACUUCGGGCUGCCGCCGGGAGGGAUCGACGCCGCUUUCUCCUGGGCCCACAAUGACAAGACUUAUUUCUUUAAGGACAACCUCUGCUGGCGCUACGAUGACCAUGAGCGGAGGAUGGACGCUGGGUACCCCUCGGAGACCAUUCCAUGGAAGGGAAUACCGAGCCCUUUAGAUGAUGCUAUGAGGUGGUCAGAUGGUGCGAGCUACUUCUUCAGGGGCAAGGAGUACUGGCGAGUGCUGGACAGCGAGCUGGAGGCCGAACCUGGCUACCCCCAGUCCAUUGCCAGGGACUGGCUGGUGUGCAGCGACAUGCAGGCGGACGCCCCGGAGGCAGCGGGCAGCAGCAGGAUUGGGGCACGCUCCAAGCCCGGGCAGCACGACCAGAGCCGCUCAGAGAACAGCUACGAGGUCUGCUCCUGCACCUCGGCCUCCGAGCCGCUGCGGGCCUGCCCCGUGCUCAGACUGCCAGCCGGCCUCACGCUGCUGGGGGCUGCAGCGCUGCUGUGCGUGGCCCUAUGACACCUCACCCUGCGGAGACAACAAUGGUGCUCCAGGACUGCGGGUGGAUGCGAUCCCAUGCCGCUGAGUGUUGCAAGCAGAAAAACAUUCCUAGGAACAUGCUGGUGAAGGUUUUGAAUUCUCCAUGAGAAGUGAACAGUGGCUAUUUUUUUGUUUUGGUUUGUUUGUUUGUUUUUUUUUCUUUUUAAUUUUAGUUAAAGGUCUAAUAACAGAUUUUGAGUUCUGCACCUUCUUAUUCCCCCAGCCAGCUGAAGUUGAGAGCAGCCUAAUGUUGCAUUUAGAACUGUUCCAUAGAGAUGUGUAGCUUUGGAUGCCGAACACUGCAGAGGAGGGAGGGAAGCGCUGCUGUGGUCGAAUGGGGACAAUGGUGGUGGCAGGACAGCAGCAGGGCGGGUUGUGCUGCCACGACGUACGCAUCCCAUUGGAUGUACUGGGUGGAAAGAAACUGACACCACGAGGAUUAACUGCAAGGUGAUUGUUUCAUUGUCCAGUCCGCCAUGGUAACUGAUGUCUGGGUAACCUGUGUCCAUUCUACAGGUCAGAAACAGCUUUGCCUUUCAGAAGGCAAUGCAGCUUAUCUUUGUAUCCAAGUCUUUUGAGUUUAACAAUUUCUCUAAUAAACCUUGGCUGCCUACACAGA